AUAAAUCUCUCUCUGACUUUAAUAAUUGAUAUUUUCCUAGCCUUACUACUCGUAGUAAUCGCAUUCUGACUUCCACAACUAAACGUCUACACAGAAAAAUAUAGCUCUUAUGAAUGCGGCUUUGACCCAAUAGAAUCUGCCCGCUUACCAUUCUCUAUAAAAUUCUUCCUGGUAGCCAUUACAUUCCUCCUAUUCGACCUAGAAAUUGCUCUUCUCCUACCGCUCCCCUGAGCAUCCCAAACAAUCAACCUAAAUCUUAUACUAACAGUAGCCCUUCUACUAAUUUCCAUUCUGGCAGCAGGCCUAGCCUACGAAUGGUCCCAGAAAGGGCUAGAAUGAGAAGAAUAG